AUCGCUAAAGGUUAGCAACAACAAAAACUGCAGUUUAAUUUUAUUUUUAAUUUAUUACAAUUAAAUGCAAUAUGCUUUCCAAUCUAAUUGUGACCAAUCAAAAGGUCGUAUUGAUAAUUGAUCAACUAAAUCGAGAUCGUAUCGCGCUAAAAUUCAUUACCAGCCUGUUAAGCGAGCAGGGCGAGGGCAAUGAUAUUAAAACACUGCCAAUUGGCACGCAAUUGAAGCACGUGGCCAACUUUGAUGCGCUGCUGAAUGAUUGCGCCAACAGUGCAAGUAAUCAACAAUCAAAUCCAACUGAUCCCAUCACAACAAAGACUGGCUACAAUGUAAUUCUGCCAACGUUGGCGGAUUUGCUAUGUUAUCAGACUCCUGCCUUUAUUUUUGACUAUCUAAAUAAGUUGCGCCAGUCGGAGCAUGUUCGACGUGUUUUCCUGUGGGCGUCACCGAUGCAUCUACAACAUCCAGACGCCGACUAUAUUCUAGCUGGCUGUGAGUAUAUGGCAGAGCUGGUGCUACGCUUGGAGACAGACAGCACCUUGUCUCUGAUUUCCCGAAAGCCGGCCGGCGGGGUGACCAACAAACGCUACAAGUGCCAAGUCAGCAAGACAGAGUUCAACGUAAAGCCUGUGACGGAGGGUGCCGACACGACGUCUUCACCUGUUACCACAACACAGGAGACACCAGAUAUCUCAGAUCCCGGUCGCACCUUCAAAAUUGAAUUGGAUGAGGAUGAAGUUGUGGCACGCAAUGCACUCACAUUACCAUAUGAACGAACCAGUGAAACGGAGGAGGGCAACAUCAUCUACACACCAGAUGCCAAUGAUGACUUCGAUGAGGAAGAUCCAGAUGAGGAUUUGUUAAUUAAAAUGUGCUCGCAUAGCGAUCGGCAGUACAAGCCUUGGCUUUAAAUACUUAAGUCUAUUAUACAAAUACAUCCAUUGAAUAUAUACAUACCUUGUAAGCGAGCUCAAACUGAAAUUCGUGUCGUAAAUGAAACCAAUCUUAUAGUUGCAUAGUUCAAAAGUUUAUACUAAACGGUAAAGUUAUACGAAUAUGUCCAGUGUUACAAUUGCAUCGCAUAGUUACUUAAAGGCUAACAAUAAUAAUGUUUGUAAUACUCAUUAAAAACUUGCGAGCAUUCAAGAUGCAAGUCCCCAAACUCA